UCGCUGGGCGGCAAUUUUGCAGCUAAAAAAGUGGAACACUGGACGUGAAAGCACCGUGAUAUAAAAUACAUGCUGGACCGAGCUCCGAGAAAAUUUCUCUAGCCAGUGUGAUCACAGUGACGUUAUUAGAGCUACCAGUCUACCACCAGCCAGAGUAAUACUGUUACUUGCCAGCGAAUAGUUUCUCAGAACGGGUGGAGUACGCUGUUGAUAUCAUUCUCCCAUUGAAGAACAAAUACCGGUAUGGCAGAAAAUCACCGUGCUCAUUUGAUGCACCUUGAUCGCGUCGACAGGGUCAGAGAGAUAGCCAAUAGGCCCAGACCUCAAAGGGGAUUACAAGACAGAAUGAAUCCUUUUGAGUUGUACGUGGAUGAAGCCUUUCGAAUGCGGUAUCGCUUGUCAAAAGAGACUGCGCUCCAUCUCAUCAACAUGCUUGAGGGUGAUCUGAGGAGGAAUACAGAACGUAAUGAACCACUACCUGUUUUUUUGCAGGUUCUGACAACUUUGCGAUUUUAUGCAGUUGGUUCAUUCCAGAGGAUGCAUGGGGACGAAGCAUCAAUGUCCCAAUCAUCUGUUUGCAGAGUCAUCAGAGAUGUUUCUGAGGCUAUUGCAAGAAGGAAGAGAGAAUUCAUAAGAUUUCCAACUAUGAGAGAAGAGGUUGAAUCUACCCAGCAGAGAUUCUACGAGUACUGCGGGUUUCCUGGCGUCAUAGGUGCCAUCGAUGGGACUCAUGUAUACAUUAGGAGUCCUGGUGGGGAACAAGCCCUGUACUUUCUUAACCGGAAGAACAGGUAUUCCAUCAAUGUGCAGGUUGUUUGUGAUAAUGCUGGAAAGAUAACAAGUAUCGUGGCAAGGUGGCCUGGCAGCACUCAUGAUUCACGGAUUUUCAAUGAGAGUGCACUGAAAUUGCAGCUAGAGGCAAGAGCAGAUGGUUCUGGGUUGUUGCUUGGAGAUAGUGGGUACGCGUGCCUCCCCUUUUUGAUGACUCCCCUCCAAAACCCUCUCCAACGGCCAGAGAUGCGCUACAAUCAUGCCCACAAGAGAGGCCGCUGUGUUAUUGAGCGCACCUUUGGCCGUUGGAAGAGGAGAUUCCCUUGCCUCAAUGAUUUGCGUGUGAAGGUGGACACUGCAUUCAUAGUUAUAGUGGCAUGCUCGGUCCUUUGGAAUAUAUCUUUGGAGUGGCGCGAGGAAGAAUUUCAAGGACCUGAGCCUGAUAAUGAUAUGCCACUGGAUCACCUUCCUCCUGGCCACCGCGAUGCAGUCGCUGGUAGGCUCAGGAGAGAACAGAUCAUUGAGGAUCACUUCACCCGCUAAUCCAGGUAACCACUCAGAACAAUCUGCUCAAGCCCUUGCUGUUUUUUCAGUCACUUCAGAGAAAAUCUGUGAAUGCUGAUGCUGUCAAGGUACUUGUUAUCAUUCCAGCAAACAAGAGUUUUAUGCAACUACAUUUAUAUUUUUAAUUAUGUUCUUAAAUACAUGAAAAAGCUGUGAGCAUCAGAAUCAGCAGCCGAGCCUAACCGGGGUAAUAGAGAGCACCUAACAAGAUAAUAAUACCCUAAAUUAAAUCUCAGAUGAAAUAUAAUACAAUGAAGAUGGCCAGUUUACAAAUCAUCGGUUGUCAUUUUAUUGAAUUCUUUUUGAACCAUCUUGACAUCAUAACCGCAACUGAAAUUUAUGUUUUAAAAGAUCAUAUACAUUCUGCAAUAUUUUAUACCUCUGCCAUUACGUCCUAGUAAAAGCUACUACUGUCAUUACUAGCCACUUAAGAAUUACAACAUUAUUAGAGAAUUAUUGAUUUUCUAUUCAAUAGCAUUUCAUGCAAGCUGUCACAGUUCUAUUAUAUCAGUUACUCUAUGGCAAAAUUUACAUAUUCUUGUGCUGUUUGAAAAUUAUUUUACACAAGUUAAAAUUUUCAUUCAAUUGAAAUUAUUUCUCAAUUUGGGAUGUGACAAGUUAUAGAAAAAUAUUCAGAAAAUCUUUAUUUUGGAGUUAUUGUUGAGUGUAGUCAGGAUGGUUAAUUACUUUAAAAAAAUAUUUGUACUACCAGUGAAUGUAACUAAGGAUGUAAGGUUAGCUGCAUGAAACUCUUUUUUGCAAUCAACUAUUACACUUGAUUGGAAUGGUUUCCCAUCACUCACUCCUAAUGUAAACAUUUUCCAUCGAUGCACCCAGCACAUCAGGUUACCUGCAUUACUCUUAGAAUUCUUUGUCAAGUAGCUUCAACUUCUUCACUCAAUGUUGGAAAACUUCUGGAUUUGAUCUUCCUUCUUGUGUUGGGAUUAAAAGGGAUACUCCAGGCUGAAAACAGUAUGAUUUGAACAGAUAAAGUAAAAUCAGACAAACAAAACACUGGAAAUUUCAUUAAAUUUGGACAACAAAUAAAGUUAUGACAUUUUAAACGUUUUUGCAAAAUGUUGUCAAACUUUAAAAUUCAAUAACUUAUUUUGUUUUAUCAGAUUUUGAUAAAACUUUCAGAGUUUUGCUCUGUUCAUUUUUACUCUUAUUUCUUUAAAUAUAAUUAUUUUUGGCCUGCAGUAUCGCUUGAACCAUCCCUGAUGACUCUUAACAACAAAUGAUUGGAACGUUAAUGCCAUGUCUCCAUUGCAAGUACCUCUUUGUAAUUUACUCCUGUUUACCUUGUUUUUUAUUAUUGUUCACUGUGUUCCUUCUCAUUUCAACAAGCAUGUUGAUGAAGUCAAUUGCUUCAUCCCGUACAAUUCAAAUGGAUUCUAAUUUCUGUCUUAAAAUAUUUUUGAUAAAAAGAAUCAUUCUGUAAAUUGUGGUAUUAACUGGAAAAUUUGUAAGCUUCAUGAUCCCACAUUCCCAUUUUCAUUAAUUCAGAAAGUACUCAUCUUUUAUUGAUGAAUGUGUUUUUUGCCGUGUGAAUCUUUUUGCUGCAGACUAUAAAAAAAAGGACUAAAAAAAAUCACUUCCUGGUAUUAUAUAUGUGAAAUGCCACUUUAUAUGUUAUUGAUGAGAAAAUUGAGACAAUUCUUUAUAUCAUUUCAAGAGAAUAAAUCACUUAUUGCAUUAUGAAACAGAUUAAUUGUGAAUGCUGGUAAGAAGUGUCCUGUGAAAUUACAGCACUCUUUGAGACUCUGCUGCAGGCAAUACUAUUCUUGUUUUGUAUUUAGAAAUAAUGUCAACUCUUUUUAUGCCCCAAUUGCAGAAGUUGGUUUCCAAUGAUUUCUUUUUUCUGUCAACAACAAUAACCUCUGAUAAUGCAUCUACUGGGCCUACAGUUAAUGAAUGGAUAAAUAUUGUGCAAUGUGUAUGUUAUUGUUGCCAUACAAUGAAAGAAUGAUACAGAACAAUAUUUAAUUGAGUGAUUGCAAUUUCAGGAAAUGCAGUUUAUUUGCAAACUAUCCAUUCAUUUACUUUUCUCAUCAAAUUGAAUUGAUGUCCUUUCCAUUGUCGGAUAUAUACAUGUAAGGCAUUGGAAUAUGAAUUGAAAGAAACAUAUCACAUGUGUUUUAUUUCAAUGAACAUUAUAAUUCUAAUGGCACAUGGUGUAAUAUUACUGUGAUUUAUAUACAUUUUUAUUGAAUAUAUCACAGCAUAUAUUCAUUUUUCAAUAAACAUAGCGUUUAUUUAUCGAUAUCUUAUAUUUCUACGUCUAACAUCCCAACAACUGACAUUGUCGUGGUCCAAUUCUUAGAUAUUAAGAAGACUGGUUUUAAGUGAGUCUUUCGAUACUUGUGUUUGAUAUAUGAACAUAUAUACAAAAUCUUAUAAUUCCAUUGUAUUUCUUUAAGUUAGAGAAGUGUGAAAAUCAUUCAGACAAAGACCAGAUCCUUCUAACUAGGUUUACUUUAAAAAAUAAAUACUCACUUUCUUACUGUCAUGCUCUUCGUGUAUUUUCCAAUUGAUAAUGCCGAAGUCAUAUAUCAAUAUUCAAUAAAUACUUAAUCAUCAUAGAGAGUGAAGAAUAUAUGUACAUUAAUAACAUAAAUAUGAAAUAUAAUUACCCAUAUCUGACAUCUGAGCUGGACAUUUUAAACUUUAUUGCCCUAGUUUUCAUGAAUGUUGAUAAUGAGUCAGGUACUGUAUACUAUAUUUGUUUUUCUCAGUCUUUCUAGUACAUUGUCAUCCAUUACAACAACAUAAGGACUAAUUUAUGAAUAGAUAAUGUCUAUAUACAGUUCUUAUGAUAUAAAUAUUCAAAUGAAUUCUCCCAACCACAUCAGCAAAUCAAGAACUUCUGUAAUUUCUUUAGCUAUAAGUAUUUGAUAUAAUCUGCAGUACUGUUUAUAUAAUAUAUAUUAUUGGAUAUUAUAAUUUUAAUUAAAUUCAAUUAUUAACAGAAUAUGUGUACAUGCAUGGAUAGACCAUAAUUGAUGAUUUCAAUUCUUAAUCCUCGGAAUUAGGGUAGCCAAGGGCUUCUCUGUUCUUUGCUGCUUCAGUACAUUUCUGUAAAGAAAAAAUGUCCAUCUUGAUGGCAUGUUCAGCAUUGGCAAUUUUCAUUUUAUUUUCAUAUUCAGCGUUGAUCAACUUCAUUUUGAUUUCGUGCUCUUUGAGCAUAAGCCUCAUUCUGAGCUCGUGCUCUUUUUUGUCCAGCUCUAGAAUGGCUUCCUCUGUUGUCACACGAGCUCUCUUGGUGCCUUGGCGACGAUUUUCCAAGUUCCUCUUUCGAGGUGAUGCAUUGCUGUUAAAAAUUAUUGACCAAAAUAAAAAAUUUAUUUAAUUAAGAUUUAAUGGUAUUCCAUGAUAGUAUGAUGUAUUUGAAUUUCAACAAAUUAGUUUUUACAUGCAUAUCACUUGACUUGCAGAAAAAUAGUUUUAACAGUCAUAAUCUAUUUAAUCAUAGUUGAAUAAUAAUGUAAAUUGUGGUUAUUAAUGGGUGGAAAAUGUGACAAAAUAAUAUAUUAAAUUG